GAGCUGAACUUGUAAUCUUUUGUCUUAGUUCAUGAUGAUGAUGCGUACAGCCGUGGUUCUCUGGGUCCUCUCAGCGGUGAUCUGCGUGGAGAGCGCCAACAGCGUCUCCCUGGUGAAUGACGCAAACCGGGAGUUUUCCUUCAGCCUCUACAGGAAGCUAGCAGCUCACGCCGACUCCCAGGGACAGAACAUCCUCUUCUCCCCGAUCUGCGUGUCCACCGCCUUGGCUGCGUUGUCCGUGGGAGCGCAGGGGAGGACGCUCCGCCAGAUUUUCAAUGGUCUGGGCUUCAGCAACUCCCUGACCCAGAAAGAUGUGAACCAGGCCUUCAAGACACUCCUCCAGGGGGCCAACAACCCAUUCCAGGGGGACUCCAGUGAAGGGACCGCCGUGUACCUGGACAACCGCUUCAGGCCAAAGCGAGAGUUCCUGCAGACCCUGAAGCAGUCGUACUACGCAGACGGGUUCAACGUGGACUUCACCAAAGCCGAACAAAGUGCUGAAACUAUCAAUGAGUACGUGGCGGAGAAGACCAACGGGAAGAUUGACCAGCUGGUGGAAAACCUGGAUCCAAGCACAGUCAUGUAUCUCAUCAGCUACAUUUACUACAAAGGAACGUGGGCGACUCGGUUUGACCCUAACCUCACCGAGCAGGACCACUUCCACGUGGACGACGACACACAGGUUCCGGUCCUCAUGAUGAAUAUGGAGGCAAGUUUCCGCACCUACCGAGACCUCAAGCUGAAGACCACGAUCCUUCAACUCCCGUUCACCGGCUCCUACUCCAUGCUCUUGAUGAUGCCUGACGACAUGGCAACGCUGGAGGACAAUAUCUCCCAGGACCUCGUCUCUAAAUGGUUGAAGGCUAGGAUGGAGACCAAGCCCAGGAGACAAAAUGUAUAUAUUCCCAAGUUCUCCAUCAAGACUUCCUACAACCUGAACGAUGUGCUGUCAGAAAUGGGAAUGACGGACAUGUUCAGUGACCGUGCAAACUUCAGAGGCAUUUCCGAGGUGCGAGGACUGCUCGUCUCAGAGGUUUUGCACCAAGCGACGCUGGAUGUGGACGAGACCGGCGCCGAGGCGACAGCCGUCUCAGCAGCCAGACCUGAACUGACGUCCAUCGGGGCCCCUGUGUUGAAGUUCAACCGUCCGUUCAUGGUCAUCAUCAUUGAAUUUAACACGGAGAAAAUCCUCUUCAUGGGCAAGAUCAUCGACCCGACCCUCUGAUGGUCUUUGUGUCCUAGCUCAGCUGUUGCAUCUCAUGAAUAAAGGAGUCAAAA